AGGAAAUGACUGUAGCUAGUAAGAUAAACUCAUAUCUAGGGUCUUGUUUAUCAUUAUUAUUAUUAUUCGUGGCAAUAAUUCUGGUCAAAUACUGACAAGUAAGAUGUAAACCACGGGGAAAACUGUGUUUAAAAAAUCAAGAAGAGAGGCGAUAGGUUAAAGUAACAUUAGCACUGAUGCUAAUACCGCUAAUACCACAGUGAGUAAGCUCUAAACACCCUUUUAUUUCAAACAAUUAAGCAAUUUUAAACAUCUGCUCGGUUCAUCAUCACUUCUGGAUAUUAUUAUUCUCAACCCGGAAAUCUUAAAAUGGAAGAGAUUAAGACUGAGCCUGUUGACUUUGUGAAGGAAUUCCAGGAAUACCUGAGCCAGCAAACUCAGCAUGUCAACAUGAUCUCAGGGUCUGUUUGUGCAGAAAAAGGGACCACGGAUCAGUUUCACGAUGAUGUCCCCAGGUGCGAGCAGAACGGUGUGGAGCCCCCAUCUGUGGAGGUGAGCCUGUCAUUUGUGGAUGGAUCAGAUGUUCAGAUGGACGGCCUGGAGAGGACUUGUGAUGGAAAAUACAAGUGUAGCUACUGCAGUUAUACCAACAAGGGCAUGGCUCGUUUAAUAGAGCACACCCGGAUUCACACAGGAGAGAAGCCUCACCGAUGCCAGGUGUGCCCAUUUGCGUCUGCAUACGAGCGCCACUUGGAAGCCCACAUGCGCUCUCACACAGGAGAGAAGCCGUACAAGUGUGACCUCUGCCCCUUCCGAUGUAGUGACCGCAGCAACCUGUCGCACCACCGCCGCCGCCGCCACAAGCUUCUGCCUUCAAGGGUGGUUCGCGCCCCUUUCUCCAACAAGAGAAUGUUGAGCACUUUGCAGAAGAGGACAACCUCCCUCGGCUUCAGCCGGCGGCUUUUCCUCAAUUUGAACCCUCCGUCGAUGGUGAUGCCAAAGUGUGAUUAUCCAGGUGACCUGCCCCACAAGAUCCACCAGCUGCAUAACAGGGAGUAUGAGAAUCCUCCUAAGGUGGAUGAGAAUGAAAGCCGUGGCAGGAGUACGAAUGGUUUAACUUUUGGGAACCCGCUGGACCAGCUGUCUUCGCUUCAGGUGGCGGACCUUCACCCUGAGUAUUGUUCCCCCGUGUCCCCCGACAGGGAGUUUAUACAAGAUGUGAAACCAGUCAUUGCACAAGAUGACUCCCGUGCACACAAUGCUGCGUGCUCGAAUGGAUUACAGACAUCAUCACCGGAAAUUGAACCUUCCCCCUCGGGUGGGGAGAGUUUCAGUCCUGUUCCUGGCUUUGGCCUGGGGACCAAUGCAAACGCUCUUCCUGGAAGUGUCAGUAACAGCCUGCCGAGCCCACCCACUCCUGUCCCCACACCGCUGGACCAGCAGCUGUCAUAUAAAUGCCAACAUUGUGAUAUUCACUUUUUUGAUAAUAUACUCUUUACUAUUCACAUGGGCUGCCAUGGGUAUGAACAUCCAUUCCAGUGCAACAUCUGUGGUCACAUGUGCAUAGACAAAUACAAUUUUGCAUGCCAUUUUGCCCGUGCCCAACAUAAAAAGUGAUUAUUUUUGUUAUUUGGACCUUUAUAUACUACGACGGAGUAUUAGGGCCAAACUAAGACAAAAAAAAAAAAUUGAAAUUACGAGAAUAGUCAUAAAAUUACGUGAAUAAAGUCGUAACAUUACGAGAAUAAAGUCGUAACAUUACAAGAAUAAAGUGGUAAUUUAUGAGAAUAAAGUCGUAAUAUUACGAGAAUAAAGUGGUAAUUUAUGAGAACUCUAACAUGAAGAGCAUCUUCUCCCUGUGUUAAAAUGAGGAAUAUUGAGCAUCUUGUGAAGUUAUAUUUAUAUUAUAUAUUACGACUUUAUUCUCACAACAUUAUGACUUUAUUUUCGUAAUUUCCAUUUUUUUUUCGUCUUAGUUUGGCCCUAAUACUCCGUCAUAAUAUAUAGCACUUCAGUUAGGCAGUCCAGUUUAGUAAGACUUCAUAUGUCCCUGACACAUUUUAAGAAGUUGAGACUCUGUAAUAUGCUUUGGUUAAAAAAAACAAAACAUGUCAUUACACCUCUGUUCUUCGUAAAGGUUUUUAUUGUUUUAGGGAUUGAAGUGCUCCACUUCACUCCACUCCAUCCCUCUAUCCGGGUGUGCCAUGUUAGAGCUUUGUGCUACACUCUUUCAUGGUACAGAAAAUGCAGCAUUUGUUAAAUUAGGUUGAGAUAAAGAUAAAGAAGCUGGUUAAUUCAACUGAUCUGGGUCUGUGACAUCGUAGCGGACUGCAGAUCUGAACCACUCGCUGCAUUUAUGGACUGAGGCUGUCCCAAACAAAGUCCUAGAGUUGUGUAAUGUCAUAGUUUUUGAUUAGUACUUUCCGCAGACACCUAAGUACACGUCUUCGAGCACACAAAUGUGAUUGUUUUUUUUUUCUUCCGUUUCUCUGCACGUCCCCUUUAACAUAUGCAUAUUUAACAUUCUGAGGUGAAGGAGAUUAGUUCGACAAAGGGCCAGCCCUGAAGGAUCAUAUUUAAUUAUUUUGGUUGACGCCAUCUCCUUGCUUAAACAUUUGUUCUAGUUGCACUGCUAGCAAAUACUACCCUUUAGGGUGUAGACCAGGGGUCGGCAACCCGCGGCUCUAGAGCCGCCGGCGGUUCUUUUGCGCCGCCCUAGUGGCUCCUGGAGCUUUUUCAAAAAUGUUUGACCUUUUUUUUCCCCUUUUUUUCUUCUUUUUUUCUCUUUCUUUCUCUUCUUCUUUUUUUCCUCCUUUUUUCUUCCUUUUUCCUUUCCUUUUUAAUCUCGACAUUUCGACUUUUUCUCAAGAUUGUACUUCAACAUUAAUCAAGCUCUUACUGUAGCAUCCCCGACUGAUGACGGUUGACUCUCUAACUGAUGGUUCAUAGAUGUUUUUAUUCCUUCAAUAUAAAAUCACCUCAAACACACCGUAAGAGCUAUAAAGGAAUAAAAUACAACAAAGUUACUCUUACUAUAUACAUACAUUGUUUCAUUCAACUAAAAUAGAGGCCGACACAGCAGCUCGCUGGGUCGGCAAACCCGUUAACUGACAGUAAAUAAAUGACAGUAACCAUGACAACUAAACUCAAUAUAUACAUAAAUACUGUAUAAAAUGUACAAAUAAAACAAACCUUGUGCCCCUUAUCAGCCAGGUGCUUUUUGUGUCGGUUAGGCACACUUUAGCACUCCCGACACUAGUUUAGUCUUGUAGAAAAUGUUUCAACAGCUGUUAAACUUUACCGUUAAAUAUGCGCUGAAGUUCUCGGCGAGACGCCUUCAAAAUAAAAGCACUAAAUAUUCGUCUUAAUAAAAACCAAAAAUAAAAGCCUGGCUCCAAACAACGCCAAUGAGCAAAACAAACACAAAAACAUAUUUACAGAAAUGAUCAUAUUAAAGGUCAUUUACACUCCCACCAAAUCAUUACUGGUUUUCAUCCCUUUAUCAUCAUAUUUGAUAUAAAGCACGAAUGAUUUCUAAACUACGUGACCUUUAAUUUUAGCGACUGAUUAAAAAAUGUCCAUUAACUAAUUAUACUACAAAAGAUAUGGUUGCGGAGUGAACUGCUGCCUCAUAAAAGAAUGUCCGUAGAGAGGCAUCGUCCAGCCUGCCUGAUGAGGAUGAGAGAGUAGAACGAAGAACAUUCUUCACCGUUCGGAUCUGUCUCUCCCAUACGCCUCCAGCAUGGCUUGCACGUAGAGCGUUCAUGCUAAAGUCACAUUGUUUCUCAGCCAAAAACGUAGUCAGACGAUCAGCAUCCACUUGCUUGAGAGCUUCAUUCAGUUCGUUUUUAGCUCCAACGAAGUUCAUUCCUUGGUCACAUUUUAUGUCUCGUACUGCUCCUCUUAUAGCAAUGAAACAACGAAGUCCGUUUAUGAAGGCAUCUGUUGACAUGUCGUCUAACAUUUCAAUGUGAAUAGCUCGACAGCAAAGGCAGGUAAAAAGCAGUCCGUAUCUCUUUUGUACCUUACGUACUUGUUUGGUGAAAAACGGGCUGAAACAGUCCAUUCCACAAUAAGGUGGUGAUGGAUCCACACGUUCAGACGGCAAAUCCGCCAUUCGCUGUUCCUCUGUGAGCCUUCUGAGUUUUCGACAUGUAACACAUUGAUGUAGAUGCGUUGCCACAGCUCUGUUGAUUCCUGGAAUCCAAAAUCCGUUUGAUCUGAUCUCAUUAAUAGUCGAGCCUUUUCCUUGAUGUUUGACCUUCUCGUGACAGUGAGCAAUUAUUGCUUUGGUGAUGGGAUGACUCUUUGGUAUAAUUACCGGAUGCUUCAGUGAGGUAGGGAGCGAUGCAUUUUUUAGUCUUCCUCCCACCUUGAGGAGUCCAUCUUGAUCAAUAAAGGCAUCCAACCUAAACAGUUUACUCUGAGAGGGAAGUUGAGUUACCUUACUGAGCAACUUCAUCUCUUCUGGAUACGCGUGUCUCUGUAAGUCUCUUAUGAUGAUGCAGCGCGCGUCUUCUCGUUCUUGCAUGGUGCUGUGGUCUGUCGACUUAUCAUUCCUGACCCGACGAAUGAGACGAGCGACUGCCUGAGUUGCCUUUGACCAUGAAGAAAACUUUGACAGGCGGUCUGAGAGACUUGACUGUUCCCGUGUCUGUGUGUUUAGAGCCUGAAUCCUCUUGACUUCAGGAUCUCCAAUCCGUAUUUCUGCGCUAACAUCCGUAGCUGGAGGUAUCUCUUUCUUUAACACAUCCAGGAAGCGGAUGUCAUCAUGAGACACAGUCUUUCCGUCCUUAUUAGCAUCCUUAAAGUCAGACUCGAGAACCCUGAGUGCUUCAGCUGUGGUCACCGGAGGAAGCUCUCUGACAGAAGCUCUGUGGCACAUGUUGGUGAUGCUUGGUGAGUUUUGGUGAGGUGAUGAACAGCCUACAAUAGUCCACCCCAAAUCCGUCUGAACUGCAUAUGGUUCACUAUCUCCUCCAAGAAUUACCUGCCGUGGUGCCAGUGCCCUUGAGCAAUUGUAGCCGAUCAGCAGACCGACUUCACAUUCCAGCUGUGGAGGGAUUUCAUCUGCUAUUUUGAUGAGAUGAUUCCAGUUCCGUGCCGUGUCACAGGUAGGAAUGUGUGUUCGAUUCACUGGUAUACAGUUCUUGGUGUAAGCAGGAGGGAGAUCAAUGUGGAUAGCUGAGCUGUAACCUCUCACUCUCAAACCUGACACUCUUUGACUAUGCAUUAAUGUAUCCUUUCUUGUCAUGGUCGUUAGUUUCAGUCUUACAGGAUGUGUUUCAGUCUGUAAACUAUUGCUGACUUCUUGGUCAAUGAAGACUGUAUCGCUUUGGGUAUCAAGCAGCGCAUAAACAAGUCUUUCUUUACCUGGAUUGCUGACAGAAGAAACCCACACUGGCGUUAUCAUUGAAGUGUUGGUAGAUGGCUCCUUCGUUGUCACACCGAGAGCCAAUGUGGUUGCUGUUUCCUCUGUGGUACUUUGAUUUGAGACUGACGUGGGCUUGGCUUUGGUGUAGGUGUCAUCAUGGAGAAGCGUAGGAUGUCUUGCUUUACAUUUGUCACAUGAAUGUCUAUUGCGGCAGUCUUUGGCAUUAUGGCCCAUCCUCAGGCAGCCAUAACAAAGUCUAUUUUCUCUCACAUAUUUCUGUCGUUCCUCCAGAGCUUUGCCUUUAAAUUCAGGACAGUGAUGAAGUUGAUGUUUAUCGUCUUGACAAAACACACAUGGUGGCUUUAAACUUGUUUUCAACUGUCCUUGUGUUUCAGUGUCUGUAACAGUCUGUGUAUGAUAAACACUGGAUUUACAUUUAUUUUCCUUCAGAUGACGUGAUGAGUUAGCCUCUGAUGAGUGGAGAGCAUGGAAUGAAGUAAUAGGAUUACAUGCAAUUUCUGCCUCAUUUACAAUGAAGAAGACAAACUCCUGGAAACUGGGAAACUCUUGGUCUUCUCUCAUGACUUGAGUGACUUUGCGGUUCCACUGUGAUGCUGCCCAAUCUGGUAGCUUUUGAACCAAUUUCUGGUUUUCUUCACAAUCGUUCAAAAUGUUCAGACCUUUAACAUAAGGCAUGGCUUCCAUACAUGAGUGUAAGAAAUCAGCAAAUGCUCUGAGUCCCUCAGCAUCUCUGGGUUGGAUCUUUGGCCAGUUUGCUAGUUUUUCCCUGAAUGCUUUUUGUACAACAAACGGCUGACCGUACCUGUGGUUGAGACGGUUCCAUCCAUCUUUAUAGGCUUCAUCAUCAUUUCUAAAAAAUAUGCCAUCAAGUGUCUUUCGAGCUGGACCUGCUACAUAUUUUUUCAAAUAAUGCAAUUUGUCAGCUGAUGCAAUGUUCCUUUUGUCUAUGAGGGAUGUGAAGGAAGCCUUCCACUCAAUGAACUGAAUAGGGUCACCAGUAAAUACAGACGGUUCUGGCAUUGGGAGCCUGUUCAGAGCUAUGCUAUCUUGGACUGCUUGAGCCAGAUAACUUACAUCUGUCCUUGCAGGUGAUGUUGUUACUGUGAUGUCAGUGGGCUGCUGUAUGAGAGCUGAAGGAGGAGGAUACACAUACUGAUGUUCUCUUGUUCUCAUCUGAUCAGCCAAAUUAACACUUGCCUCCUGUAUUACUUCCUGAUCAUAAGUUGUGAACCUUGCUCGUGCAGCUUUAAUGUCCUUCUCUGCCUUUAAUCUUUCCAACUCACGUUUUUGAGCCUCAAGUUCCUUUCUUUGUUGUUCCUCCAAGAGUUGAAUCUUUUCUUUUUGUUUCUCCUCUUUUAGUAACACUUCAUACUCUGCCUCCUUUGCUGCUAAUUCUGCUGCAGCAUCUGCUCGUUUUGCUACUAUGGCAGAGUAUUGACUGGAACCUUUACUUGAGUGUUGACUUGGAGGUGCAGCUGUGGAUCCAUAGAUGGAGUGAGCAUAGUCUCUGUUAAGAAGCUCAUGAAGACGUUGCCUUACUGCUUCACUAUCAAAUUCUCCAUCUAUGCCUGAUAUCCUUUCAAAGGCAAUUUUAACAAUGUCCCUUGUCACUGCCUCACAGGCAUCAAUACGACGUCUUGUCUCAUUAGAUGGAGUGAGGUGAGCUCUGAUUUCUAUAUACAGGUUUAUAACACAGUUUUUCUCUUCUUCAAGUGUGUCUAUAAGAUUUGCAAUGUCACUUUCAGGAAUGUCUGACUUUAACUUUUCUCUAGCCUUACGUGCCUGAACCUUCCAUUGUUCAUACACGUGGGUCAACCUUUUCUCCUUUUUGUGAGCCUCCUCCUCAUGAUAUGCAAGCAUCUUUUCCGUGGGAUUCCGUAAGCGACCAGAGCGACGAAGAUCCUCCUCUGCAGUAUCCUUAUCCUUUAUCUGUUCAGAGUCUCUGUCGUCUAGAGGCGUCUUUGCUGAUGCUUCCAUGUUGUGAAGAGGUACCACAAUCCUUGACCAUCACAUCAGGUCCCUCUGCAGUUGUCCUUGGUCAGCGGCGUGAUGUGAGGGAUGAGGUGAAGCUCUUACUGUAGCAUCCCCGACUGAUGACGGUUGACUCUCUAACUGAUGGUUCAUAGAUGUUUUUAUUCCUUCAAUAUAAAAUCACCUCAAACACACCGUAAGAGCUAUAAAGGAAUAAAAUACAACAAAGUUACUCUUACUAUAUACAUACAUUGUUUCAUUCAACUAAAAUAGAGGCCGACACAGCAGCUCGCUGGGUCGGCAAACCCGUUAACUGACAGUAAAUAAAUGACAGUAACCAUGACAACUAAACUCAAUAUAUACAUAAAUACUGUAUAAAAUGUACAAAUAAAACAAACCUUGUGCCCCUUAUCAGCCAGGUGCUUUUUGUGUCGGUAAGGCACACUUUAGCACUCCCGACACUAGUUUAGUCUUGUAGAAAAUGUUUCAACAGCUGUUAAACUUUACCGUUAAAUAUGCGCUGAAGUUCUCGGCGAGACGCCUUCAAAAUAAAAGCACUAAAUAUUCGUCUUAAUAAAAACCAAAAAUAAAAGCCUGGCUCCAAACAACGCCAAUGAGCAAAACAAACACAAAAACAUAUUUACAGAAAUGAUCAUAUUAAAGGUCAUUUACACGACAUUUCAACUUUUUUCUCGAAAUUUUGACUUUUUUCUCGAAAUUUUGACUUUUUUUCUCGACAUUUCAAUUUUUUUCUAAACAUUUUGUAUUUCAACAUUAAUCUCGACAUUUCAACCUUUUUCUUUAAAUUUUGACUUUUUCUCAACAUUUCGACUUUUUUCUCGACAUUUAAACUUUUUUUCUCGACCUUUCGCCAUUUGCCUUCAUUCUAAGGCUUAUACAAGACUUUUCAUUUUUUGCGGCUCAGACAUAUUUGUUUUUUGUGUUUUUGGUCCAAUAUGGCUCUUUCAACAUUUUGCGUUGCCAACCCCUGGUGCAGACUAAACCCACAGUGGGUUGUCAUCUAUGACCCUGCAUUCAACACGUUGACAUUUUAGAUUACUGAGCAAAGUUUUAACAGAUUUAAGAAUAUGUAUGAACGUAACCCAAUGGAAACCAGUAUAUCAAAAAAUGUUUUCAAACACUAGCAGCAUCAGUACUGCACCACAUGAACCUAUGAAAGAAUAAUCAUUUCAAUUAUUUUGACUUGGGGACCAAUUAUUUAGAUUUUGUUGCCAUAGUUACUGUGCUUAUUUGCAUAGAGCAACAUGUCAUGUUGUGUUUCCUACUCUUUUACACUCCCCACUAGCACUGUUCUGUUGCCUUGAUGCUGGAGCUUGUCAUCAGUUUUGAAUGUACAAAACCACACAAUCUCACUGUCAGUAUUUAAUACCUUCUGACCAAUAACCUCACUGCUCAGGCAGCUUAUUGUGUUAAUUUCUUCAGUGACUCAUAUUUGCACCAACCUUAAGGCCAACGCAGUAUUCAACACCCACAGUUCAAGUUUAACCACCUGUCUACUCACACUGGGAUCGUAAACUAUCUUUUUUGACUAUUUUACGUACCCUUUCUUGUUUGUUAGUUUAAUAUGCAAAACAUACCAUCUUAAUUAAGUCAGAUGGACUGAUUUCUCUGAGAGAAACCUCUGUGGAUGUCCAGAGGCUCACUGCUGUUUCUUUGCAGUUGUGCUUGCAGUUCUCACAUGUAUACAUUAAUAAUAUUCUAGUGACCUUUAAAAACUGAUUAGCCUGUUUGUAACAUGAACUAAGCUUAAAAAUUGUAUUUUAUAACCAAUAAUUACAUAUUGUCUUGAGUAAAUUUGUAGUACAAAAUAAAAGUUGGGGAUUUUUCAGCUGAUGUGGAAACACGUUAAAGACCCGCUGUUGCCCUUUUACUGUUAAGUGAAGUACUGUUAGCUUUUUAUUUGUGUAAACUCGGCCUGUAGUAAUGACCGUCAGUAAUUAAGUGUUUUUAUAAGCGUUUACCAAUUACAAAACAAUGUUUUUUAAGUUUUUUAUUGUGUAAUUGAAUAAAUUAAUGAACUGAUACAUGGAUUUUUUUAAGUCCGUUUAACUCAGCGUUACUCAACGCAUGAAUUUUGAGAGCAAAUGACCUGCAAAAAGUGUUAUUUACGAAACUGAACACAAACUGAUGUAUUUGUUUGUAUAGCAUUUUCUUUUUUAAUUUAAGUUAUUCAUGAUUGUUUAUGAAUCUUAACAGGAUCUGCUUUUUGUUGUCAUCAAAAACAUCCACUGCUCUUUUUGCCACAUGCUCAACAUCGAUGUCCUCCUCUUGAAUUAAAGCCUCCUGGAGGAACCGCUUCCGCAGAUCGUGAAGAAAUGUUGCUUUAGCUUCGUUCAGCUGAGCAGCCAGACACCGCAUGUGUUCAGAUGGAACCUGAUUUUCUGAAAUGUGGACAGUAAACAUCAUUUUUAUUGGUUCCAAAUGAUAACAUAUAAAAUGACAGUUAUGAAGCUUGACAACCGACCUCUGGCAGUCUUCAUUGCUUCAGAUAUGAGGCGUCGACAGGCCUGGUCAGCCUGGUGGACCACACUGGCGGCGCAUUUCAGACGAUCAGCUUCCUGCAACAUGUACAAAAUAACAAGAAAAAAGAAAAGAGGAACAAUUGACUUUAGUAACUGCUGGUUUCAAUUUUGUCUCAUGUGUCACGGAUUUGAGCUGCAGUGACACCUUUUGUUCAGCGUUGUCCUCA